GCCAUUUUCCAUGUUAUUCUCUUUACCCACACAGCCUUUUUACGAAAUUUGAAUGCAACAAUUCGCAAAAUAUUGCUAGGUUUUCGGGCAUUAAAGUCCCAGCUUCUCCUGUUAACCGGAGAGGGGGGAGUUUAACUCAAUUUUCAGCAAAGGAGACGUCCAUCCUACGCUGCCAUGUACAUCAAACAGGUCAUCAUCCAGGGGUUCCGAAGUUACAGGGACCAAACUGUGGUUGACCCUUUUAGUCCAAAGCACAAUGUCAUCGUUGGGAGAAAUGGCUCAGGAAAAAGUAACUUUUUCUAUGCCAUUCAGUUUGUGCUCAGUGAUGAAUUCAGUCACCUACGACCUGAACAGCGUCUGGCCCUGCUCCAUGAAGGAACUGGUCCUCGUGUCAUUUCAGCUUUUGUGGAGAUUAUAUUUGACAACUCUGACAAUCGGCUGCCGAUUGACAAGGAGGAAGUCUCCCUUCGCCGUGUCAUUGGCGCCAAGAAGGACCAGUACUUCUUAGACAAGAAGAUGGUGACUAAGAAUGAUGUCAUGAACCUUCUGGAGAGUGCUGGCUUCUCCCGCAGUAAUCCCUACUACAUCGUCAAGCAGGGAAAGAUCAACCAAAUGGCCACAGCACCCGACUCACAGCGUCUAAAGCUGCUGCGAGAGGUGGCGGGGACACGGGUGUAUGAUGAGCGCAAGGAGGAGAGUAUUUCUCUCAUGAAGGAGACUGAGGGGAAACGAGAAAAGAUCAAUGAGCUGCUGAAGUACAUUGAGGAGCGUCUGCAUACCCUGGAGGAUGAGAAGGAAGAACUGGCUCAGUACCAGAAGUGGGACAAGAUGAGAAGAGCCCUGGAGUACACCAUCUAUAACCAGGAGCUGAAUGAGACCCGCGCCAAACUGGACGAGUUAUCCUCAAAGAGAGAGACCUGUGGAGACAAAUCCAGACAGCUACGUGAUGCUCAGCAAGAUGCCAGAGACAAAGUAGAGGAGACGGAACGUGUUGUGCGGGAGCUGAAGUCCAAAAUCUCCGCCAUGAAGGAGGAAAGAGAGCAGCUGUCGGCUGAACGCCAGGAGCAGAUCAAGCAGAGGACCAAGCUCGAGCUGAAGACCAAGGACCUGCAGGACGAGCUGGCAGGCAACAGCGAACAGAGGAAACGCCUGCUAAAGGAACGUCAGAAGCUGAUGGAGAAAAUUGAGGAGAAGCAAAAAGAGCUGCAGGAGACAGAGCCCAAGUUUAACAUGGUGAAAGAAAAAGAAGAGCGGGGUAUCUCUAGGCUCGCCCAAGCUACCCAGGAGAGAACAGACCUGUACGCAAAGCAAGGACGUGGCAGCCAGUUUACGUCUAAGGAGGAGAGGGACAAGUGGAUUAAGAAGGAGCUGAAAUCUCUGGACCAGGCCAUCAAUGAUAAAAAGAGGCAGAUUGCCGCCAUCCACAAAGACCUGGAGGACACAGAGACAAAUAAAGAGAAGAACCUGGAGCAGUAUAGUAAACUCGAUCAAGACCUUAAUGAGGUCAAGACCCGUGUAGAGGAGCUGGACAAAAAGUACUACGAAGUGAAGAACAGGAAAGAUGAGCUGCAGAGUGAAAGAAACUACCUGUGGCGUGAGGAGAACGCAGAGCAGCAGGCCCUGGCAGCCAAACGUGAGGAUCUGGAGAAGAAACAGCAGCUCCUUCGAGCAGCCACUGGCAAGGCCAUUCUGAAUGGCAUUGACAGCAUCAACAAAGUUCUUGAGCAUUUCCGUCGAAAAGGGAUUAACCAGCAUGUUAUCAAUGGUUACCACGGCAUCGUCAUGAAUAACUUUGAAUGCGAGCCUGCUUUUUAUACCUGUGUGGAGGUGACUGCUGGUACCAGACUGUUUUACCACAUUGUGGAGACGGAUGAAGUCAGCACCAAAAUAUUGAUGGAGUUCAACAAAAUGAACCUGCCUGGAGAAGUCACAUUCCUGCCCUUGAGCAAACUUGAUGUCCGAGACACAGCAUAUCCAGAGACCAACGAUGCUAUUCCUAUGAUCAGCAAACUGCGCUAUAGCGCCCAAUUUGACAAGGCCUUCAAGCACGUGUUUGGAAAGACCUUGAUUUGUCGCAGCAUGGAAGUUUCCACCCAGCUGGCCAGGGCUUUCACCAUGGAUUGUAUAACUUUGGAGGGUGACCAGGUGAGCCACCGUGGAGCAUUGACGGGAGGUUACUAUGAUACCAGAAAGUCUCGCUUGGAGCUGCAGAAAGACAUGAGGAAGGCUGAGGAGGAGUUGGGCGAGCUGGAGGCCAAGCUCAAUGAGAAUCUGCGCAGGAACAUUGAACGCAUCAACAAUGAAAUCGACCAACUGAUGAACCAGAUGCAGCAGAUUGAAACACAACAGAGGAAGUUUAAGGCGUCCAGAGACAGCAUUCUCUCAGAGAUGAAGAUGCUAAAGGAGAAGAGGCAGCAGUCGGAGAAAACAUUCAUGCCCAAGCAACGCAGUCUGCAAAGUCUGGAGGCCAGUCUCCAUGCCAUGGAGUCCACGAGGGAGUCACUGAAGGCCGAGCUGGGUACAGAUCUGCUUUCUCAACUCAGCCUGGAGGACCAGAGACGCGUCGAUGACCUCAAUGAUGAGAUUCGUCAACUGCAGCAGGACAACAGACAGUUGCUGAAUGAGAGGAUCAAGCUUGAAGGUAUUAUGACCAGAGUGGAAACGUAUCUCAAUGAAAACUUAAGGAAACGUCUUGACCAAGUGGAGCAGGAGCUGAAUGAGCUGCGUGAGACAGAGGGAGGCACAGUGCUUACGGCCACAACAUCAGAGCUGGAUGGCAUCAAUAAACGUGUCAAAGAGACUUUGGCUCGAUCAGACGAACUCGAUUCUAUGAUUGACAAGACGGAGGCAGAGAUCAAGGACCACAUUAAGAGCAUGGAGCGCUGGAAGAACAUUGAGAAAGAGCAAAACGAUGCCAUCAACCAUGACACCAAGGAACUGGAGAAAAUGACCAACAGGCAAGGCAUGUUGCUCAAGAAGAAAGAGGAGUGCAUGAAGAAGAUCAGAGAGCUUGGCUCACUUCCUCAAGAGGCCUUUGAGAAGUACCAGACUCUCACACUCAAACAGUUGUUCAGAAAACUGGAGCAGUGCAACACGGAGCUGAAGAAGUACAGCCAUGUCAACAAGAAAGCCCUGGACCAGUUUGUCAACUUCUCUGAACAGAAGGAAAAACUCAUCAAACGUCAGGACGAGCUGGACCGUGGCUACAAAUCCAUCAUGGAGCUCAUGAACGUGCUGGAGCUCCGAAAGUAUGAAGCCAUCCAGCUCACCUUUAAGCAGGUGUCAAAGAAUUUCAGCGAGGUUUUCCAGAAGUUGGUGCCAGGUGGCAAAGCUACGCUAGUGAUGAAGAAGGGCGACGCUGAAGGCAGCCAGUCGCAGGAUGAGAGUGAGAGUGGAGCAGACAGUGAGAGAGGCUCCGGCUCACAGAGCAGCGUUCCUUCAGUGGACCAGUUCACUGGUGUCGGCAUCAGGGUGUCGUUCACAGGGAAGCAGGGAGAGAUGAGGGAGAUGCAGCAGCUGUCCGGAGGUCAGAAAUCUCUUGUGGCUCUGGCUCUGAUUUUUGCCAUCCAGAAGUGUGACCCCGCCCCUUUCUACCUGUUUGAUGAGAUCGACCAGGCCCUGGACGCCCAGCACAGAAAGGCUGUCUCAGACAUGAUUGUUGAGCUGGCAGGCCACGCCCAGUUCAUCACCACCACUUUCCGGCCGGAGCUUCUUGAGUCUGCCGACAAGUUCUAUGGUGUGAAAUUCAGAAACAAGGUGAGUCACAUUGAUGUCAUCACAGCGGAGCAGGCCAAAGACUUUGUGGAGGAUGACACCACCCAUGGUUAAAGUCUUCAGCUCGCCAUCAUCCUCUCUUAUCACCUCCCCCACCUCUACAAUGCACUGCACAGCUCAAAGCCGUUUACAUCUGGGCUCAAAGUCAGAAACACUCAAUCCACCAGCUUUUCUUUUUUUUUAAAAAUGAUAAUCUUAAAGUCAGAUUUUCUCUUGAGGUGGAAUUACAUUUCAUAUUCAUUUUGAUGUUAGCCAUGGCUUACUUUUCACCCCACAAAAAAGAUGGAUUUGUUUAAAUCUCCCUCAGGAGACAUUAGUUUUAUCAUUCUGUCUUGCGAUGCCUCUGUGUGGAUUCAGAAAAUAUCAGUGCAGUGAAACCUGCUGUAAAGUCCUAGUGGGAGAGAGAAAGAGAGCACUUGUAAACCCUUUGUGUUACUGUGAUAAAGGUUUUUUUUUCUUACAAACAAUGGUCGUGAGCUGAGGUUUGGUAAUCUGUCGUUUUGAAAUAAGCUUACGAAGCUUCAGGACCUUUGCGGAGAACAAGUCUUCUCGUGUACAAUAAAAACGCUUUUGAUACGAUUUAGAUGGAGAGAUUGUUUUGUGAAAUCUUAAAGCUCAGUGGGAAUGGGCGGGUCUUAUGUGGGUAGUUGUCGACACCCUUAAAAAACGUUCCUGUUUGCUCUGAGGUUCUUGUAUUGUAUACUCUUUGUAUUCCUGACUCAAUGCUAACAUGUAUCUGUCCUAACCAACCACCAACGGCUCAAAUGUUAUGGCUGUGGUUCCUUUAAUGUAUUGUGUCAUUUCCUGUUCUUUAGGUCAUUUAAACAUGUGAAAGGUUCAAUUCCAUUAGAUAUCCAUUUGGGACAUUAUCACAGCCCGCUGACUUGAUGUUUAAAAAAAAACAUUUUAGAGACUCACAGUUUAAGUCGUAAGCUGUAAAUUGUAAUUUAUCACCUUUUCCUCAUGGAUAUUUAGUUUGGGAUUACACCUCUCAUGUGUUGUGCCUAGUUACAAAUCUGAUUCUUUUUUUUUAUAUAUUAUUUUAAAACUCACAACAAAAAUAAUAAAAAAAAUUUAAACUGUAUGUUGUAUGCAGCAUCCGUGUUGGAUGUGACUUGUAAGGGUCACUAGGUGGUGCUGUGCCCCAGAUACCUUUAUAGUCACAUGGUUCUGUCUCAUGAGGGUUUUUUCUUUUAAGUCUUUUUUAAAUGAAUUCAACUUUGACUUGUA